CGUCUUCCUUCUUCCCUUUCCCCCCUUUUUAAGUCCGCCAUUAUCAUCUUUCUUCUUGCUCCAUCUCUCUAACAUUACAUUCUCUGUUUUGUAUGUUAGGUUACAGGAAGCCAAUGUCGCCCAUUUCACAUUUUUGUUUGUUCUUCCUCUUUUUCUUCCUCUCUGUUCCCAUCGCAUUCGGCGACGGCAGCCAUGAUCAAGAAAAUGUAAAACUGGAUCUACUUCACCGCCACCAUCCACAAGUCUCCGAGAAGCUUCACGGCGAUAUAAAACUUGAAAAUAUGAACGAUCGAAUCAAAGAUAUUCUCGAGCACGAUCAAAAGCGUUACCAAACGAUCUCCUCGUCGUUGAAUCGGAAUGAACUUGAUGAGCAAUUAAGGAAGGAGGCGGCGGAGUUGGCGGAGAAGGAUCUAAAACUUCCACCGAUAUCGUCAACACCAAUAGGGUUGAAAAUGAUAUCGGGUUCUGACUAUGGAAGUAGUGAGUAUUUUGUUCAAUUGAAAGUCGGAACGCCGCCGCAGACGUUUAUGUUGAUCGCCGAUACUGGAAGUGAUUUGACGUGGAUGAAAUGUAGAUAUCGGCGGUGUAUCGGAAAUUGUAGCAGUAAUCCGAAUCAUAAAACCCGAAAUGAACGGAAAGUGAGAUUUAGAAAUGCGUUUUUGGCGAAUUAUUCGUCAUCUUUUAAGACGAUUGAUUGCAGCUCGAAGAUGUGUACGAAUGAUCUUGCUGAUUUGUUCUCAAUUGGGGAAUGCCAAACCCCAACUAGCCCUUGUCUCUAUGAUUACAGCUACUCAGGUGGAGCAAGUGCAAAGGGAUUAUUCGCAAUCGAGACUCUAACCGUAGGCUUAACAAACGGAAAAGAAAAACAACUUCACAAUUCUAUAAUCGGCUGCACCGAAUCAGUUCAAGGCAGAAUCUUCGGCGGAGCCGACGGCGUCAUUGGCUUAGGCACUAGCAGCUAUUCUUUCACUUACAAAGCCGCCGAAAACGCCAACGGCGGCGGCUUCGCCUACUGCCUUGUCGACCAUCUCAGCGACCGUACCGCCACCAGCUACUUCAUCCUCGGCAACCCUAUCUCUUCCACUGACUCUGCCGCCGCCGCCUCCUCCGUCGCCCCUACCGGCAACAUGUCCUUCACUAAACUCUUCCUCGGCGACCCUUACAGCAGCUUCUACGGCGUCGAUCUCGUCGGAAUCUCCGCAGACGGCGUCAUGCUCAACAUCCCUCCCCGUGUUUGGGACAUCAAUUCCGGCGGCGGAACCAUCGUCGACUCCGGAACUAGUCUCACCAUGCUGGCGGCGCCGGCGUUUGACAUGGUCAUGGAAGCUCUGGUUCCGAAGCUGAAGCAUUUCGAGAAUAUUGAAAUUGAACCUUUCGAUUUUUGCUUCAAUAAUAGCCGAUAUACCCAUGAAAUGGCUCCGAAGCUCCGAUUCCAUUUCGGCGACGGCACGGUGUUCCAGCCGCCGCCGAAAAGCUACAUUGUGUCGGUGGGUGAAUAUAUCAGCUGUAUUGGUUUCGUUUCUAUGCCUUUUCCGGCGACCAAUAUCAUUGGGAAUAUUCUUCAGCAAAAUCACCUUUGGAAAUUUGAUUUCCAUGCAGGAACAGUCGGUUUUGCCCCUUCUGAAUGCGUCUAAGGAACUUCAUCAUCUUCUUUCUUCCUUUCGUUUCUUGAUUUUCAAUUUUAUAUAAUUAUUAUUAUUGUUUUUUCUUUUCUCUUUCUGUAAUACCUGUUAUUAUUAAUUAUAUUAUACAAUGUGAGCAAUCUCUUUUGUCCUUUUUAUUUUAUUUUCUCUUUAUUUUUUCUCAAUUGGAAUAAAAUUGGAGAGUGGAGAUUCCUUUUAAAUUUUUUGGGAGGGAGUUA